AUGAAGGGUGAGAGUGGUAGAAAACAAGGUGCUAUGUCUCCAUGCGCAGCAUGCAAGCUUCUGAGAAGGAGAUGUGCGCAGGAUUGCGUGUUUGCUCCUUAUUUUCCAGCUGACGAGCCCCAGAAGUUUGCCAGUGUGCACAAGGUUUUUGGUGCCAGCAAUGUCAACAAGAUGCUACAGGAAUUACCAGAGCACCAGCGCAGUGAUGCAGUGAGCUCCAUGGUGUACGAAGCAAAUGCCAGAGUGAGGGAUCCAGUGUAUGGCUGUGUAGGAGCAAUCUCAUCUUUACAACAACAAAUCGAUGCCCUCCAAACCCAAUUGGCCAUUGCUCAAGCUGAGGUGGUGCAUAUGAGAAUGGGCCAAUUCUCAACUUCAUCAACAACAUCCAAUGCUGCCACCACCACCACUUGUUCACCUGAUCAAAAAUCAACGGCUCCUAAUCAUUCUCAUCAUCAUAAUCAUCAGACCACCAAAUCCUUUUUUACCAUGGACAUGGUGGUUGAUCAGGCCAAUAUGGGAGAGUCUUUGUGGUCAUGUUAGCUACCUACCUUAAUUUGC